GAAAAUACCUGCCCGUUCCCUCUCUCCGCCGCCCGGCUCGGGUUUUGUACCAGGACAGCACGGGAGGAAAAGAGCCCGGAACGAUGUUCUCAAACAACGAUGAAGCCGUGAUCAACAAAAAACUUCCAAAAGAGCUGCUGCUUCGAAUUUUCUCUUUCCUGGAUGUGGUCACUCUGUGUCGUUGUGCUCAAGUUUCCAGGGCAUGGAAUGUUCUGGCCCUGGAUGGCAGUAACUGGCAGCGAAUUGACCUGUUUGAUUUCCAGAGGGAUAUUGAGGGCCGAGUGGUUGAAAAUAUUUCUAAAAGAUGUGGGGGUUUCUUGCGGAAGUUAAGCCUGCGUGGCUGUCUAGGAGUGGGAGACAACGCGUUAAGGACGUUUGCGCAGAACUGCAGAAAUAUUGAAGUGUUGAACCUCAAUGGCUGUACCAAGAUCACGGAUGCUACGUGUACCAGCCUCAGCAAGUUCUGCUCUAAACUCAGGCACCUUGAUUUGGCUUCCUGCACUUCCAUAACCAACCUGUCUCUGAAAGCACUGAGCGAGGGAUGCCCACUGCUGGAACAGCUGAAUAUCUCCUGGUGCGACCAAGUGACGAAGGACGGGAUCCAGGCGCUGGUGAGGGGCUGCGGGGGGCUCAGAGCCCUGUUCCUGAAGGGCUGCACGCAGCUGGAGGACGAAGCUCUGAAAUACAUUGGUGCACAUUGUCCCGAACUGGUGACUUUAAACCUUCAAACAUGCUUACAAAUAACAGAUGAUGGUCUCAUUACAAUAUGCAGAGGAUGCCACAAGUUACAAUCCUUGUGUGCUUCAGGCUGCUGUAACAUCACCGAUGCCAUCUUGAAUGCCCUGGGACAGAACUGCCCGAGGCUCAGAAUAUUAGAAGUUGCAAGGUGUUCUCAACUAACAGAUGUGGGCUUUACCACUCUAGCUAGGAACUGCCACGAGCUUGAAAAAAUGGACCUGGAAGAGUGUGUCCAGAUAACAGACAGCACACUAAUCCAGCUUUCCAUACACUGUCCACGGCUUCAGGUUCUGAGUUUGUCCCACUGUGAGCUGAUCACGGACGACGGGAUUCGUCACUUGGGAAACGGCGCCUGCGCACACGACCGCUUGGAGGUGAUCGAGCUGGACAACUGCCCCUUGAUCACAGACGCCUCCCUGGAGCACCUGAAAAGCUGCCACAGCUUGGAGAGGAUAGAACUGUACGACUGUCAGCAAAUCACGCGGGCAGGGAUCAAGAGACUCAGGACCCAUUUACCCAACAUUAAAGUCCACGCCUACUUUGCGCCUGUGACUCCACCUCCUUCGGUUGGAGGCAGCAGACAACGCUUCUGCAGAUGUUGCAUCAUCCUAUGACACUGGAAGUGGUCGUCCUUGCAAACUGAGUAUUUAAUUACACUUGUAGAAUUACGGUGGACACCAGUAUCUCCCGGGAAAGCGACACCAGUGUCAUUUGCGAGGGCCAGCGAGCCGGGCUGCGGUGCCAGGCCCCUGUAGCCACCCCUACACGUACAUACACACCCCCCGCCUGUUCCAGCAAACUGAUGAACUCUGCAGUACGGGAGCUGGAGCUGUGUUGGCUUUUUCUGUAGGUGGAUUUGGUAUAAUUCUGAACCAUUCCUACUGGGCAUGCUCAGAUGAAAUCAUUGCGGUAAGGAGGGGAGGUUUUUGUGAACCCGGAGUGACUGUUGCUGCUGUUGAGGUUGGAAUAGUAACUGAAAUCCUUAUGGGGAGAGGGGGAGAGGGAAGGAACAUGCUUUAACCCUGCAUCCGUUGUCCUGAAGAAACAAACAAAAAAAAAAUCCCCAACAAAACAAAACAAAACUGAAAAUCCCGACAAGUUUUGUGUCCGUUUUUCAGUGAGGGAGUGAAGCAGCAGCUGUUGUGAGCCAUGAUUUACUCGUGCUUCUCUACUCCCCGUUCCCUGCUGACCACCCUGAGCAUGCUCACAUCGGAGGUUCAUCUGUUUCUUCUGUGUUCUGUAGCAUCCAGCUCAGAGGCUUCCUAGAUCGUUGUGAUAUAGCUCGAAAUCUGUAAUGUCAGGCUCGGGUUUUUUUUACCCUCCCUACAUCCUGCUGCUUUUUUUUUUUUUUUUCUUUUCUUACAGAUUUCUAAUUCAGUCAUUUUUUUGAGAUUUCCCGAACAAAAGUUACAAAUCAAUUUAAAU